AUAGACAAGAAGACUGGGAAUAUAUCAUUGGCUUCUGCGAUCAGAUCAACAAAGAACUUGAAGGAUUUUCAUAGCAAACUCUUAUGAAGCAUAACACUUCUGUGAAACUGGGAAAUAUUAUCAUUCCCACAUUGAGGAAAUGAAGGGCAAGAAAAUUACAGUCUACCCAGGACUACACAGUAAGAUCUAGGGUGUCCUCAGGAAUCUUCCAAUUCUCUGCUUGAUAUACUAAAACAACGUCCACAGAUAGCCGUGAGGCUGCUGGCUCAUAAAGUCCAAUCGCCACAGGAAUGGGAGGCAGUCCAGGCCUUGAUAGUAUUAGAAGCUUGUAUGAAAAACUGUGGCCGAAGAUUUCAUAAUGAAGUGGGGAAGUUUAGGUUUUUAAAUGAGCUAAUCAAAGUUGUAUCUCCCAAGUACCUGGGAGACAGAGUGUCGGAGAAGGUCAAAACCAAAAUAAUUGAGCUGCUAUAUAGCUGGACAGUGGCUUUGCCAGAUGAAUCCAAAAUCAAAGAUGCUUACUACAUGUUGAAAAGACAAGGUAUUGUUCUGUCUGAUCCUGUAAUUCCUGUGGAGAGAACCCUAAUCCCUUCUCCCCCACCACGUCCCAAAAACCCUGUGUUUGAUGAUGAGGAGAAAUCCAAGCUUUUAGCUAAACUAUUGAAAAGCAAAAAUCCCGAUGAUUUACAAGAGGCAAACAAGCUUAUUAAAUCUAUGGUGAAAGAGGAUGAGGCACGAAUACAGAAAGUAACAAAACGCAUGCAUACCUUGGAGGAGGUAAACAACAAUGUGAAACUGUUGAAUGAGAUGUUGGUUCACUACAGCAAAGAAGACUCCUCAGAGGCUGAUAAAGAACUUAUGAAGGAGCUGUAUGAUAGAUGUGAAACCAAGAGGCGGACUUUAUUCAAACUGGCCAGUGAGACAGAGGAUAAUGACAGCAGCCUAGGAGAUAUUCUACAAGCCAGUGACAACUUAUCACGGGUAAUAAAUUCCUAUAAAAGAAUUAUUGAGGGACAAGUCAUCAAUGGUGAAGUGGAUAUUUCUAUCCUGCCUACAACAGACAGAAGUGAUACUACAAAUAACAUCAAUACACUCAUUGACUUGGCGGGAUUGGACAUUUCUAGUACAACACCACCACCACCACCACCACCAAUGCCUCCUGCAACACUGAUGCCAGCACCAACCCUAACUCCAGCUCCAGCCUCAUCAGAAAUACCCAUUCUCCCACCUCCUCCUCAGACACUUGGCCACUCUCGAAGUCGUUCAUCCAGCCAGGCCGAAGCCACUUCUACUCAGGUGGCUAGUAGAGCCAAUUCCCUCUCCUUGCUUGAUGAAGAACUGCUAUGCUUAGGCUUAAAUGAUCCAGCUCCCACUGCAGCAAAAGAAUCAGCGGAGAACAACCAAUGGAACUUGUUCCAGAAUGAGCCUGUGGAGCUGGACUUCUUGAAUCCAAAGCCAGUUUCUGUUGCCUGCAACUCUGCAACAAAUCCUCUUCUUCCUACUGUGUCGCAGCCCAUGUGUGGAACAUCAGCACCUCUUGCUUCCACAUUCACAGCUCCCCCGCCUGUUUCGAGUAUCCCUGCCCCUACCUCAGCCCCUUUCAUGUUCUCUGCUGGACCACCGUUGGGCCUCCCUAAUACAGUGCCAGCUGCCUCUGGAUACAUUGGCUGUGCUUUGGGAAGCAAUGGCUUGCACAAGAUGAAUCCGUUAGGACAUCUUCUAGAUGAAAGCAAAGGGACUUCUGCUCAUGGUAAUAUAGGAGGCUCUGUGUUCCAUCCAGGAGUUGCAUUGCCUGCUGCUACAUCUGCAUCUCUGGCAACUGCUGCAGGAUUACCAAUCACUACUUCAGGAAUCACUGCAAUUCCGUACCCAAGCAGCUGCACACCUAGGUCAGGAAGCCCCCUCUUCCAGCCAGCUUCAUUCCAGCAGCAAGGAAGUCCGCUGAAAGGACCUGAGAUCUCCCUGGCCAGUGUCCAUGUUCCACUGGAAUCCAUUAAGCCCAGCAGUGCUGUUCCUGUGACUGCCUAUGACAAAGAUGGUUUACGCAUCCUUCUGCACUUUGCCAAGGACUGUCCACCUGGGAGACCUGAUGUGUUGGUAGUAGUGGUAUCAAUGUUAAACACAGCUCCCCUGCCUAUCAAGAACAUUGUGUUACAAGCUGCAGUGCCAAAGUCCAUGAAGGUAAAAUUGCAGCCGCCUUCAGGGACAGCGCUAACACCAUUCAAUCCCAUCCAGCCCCCAGCUGCUAUUACCCAAGUCAUGUUGCUGGCAAAUCCUAGAAAGGAGAAAGUGAGGCUGAGGUACCGACUGACUUUUACACUGGGAGACCAGCACUGCACAGAAGCGGGGGAAAUAGAUCAGUUUCCCCCAACUGAACAGUGGGGGAAUCUAUGACCCAGAGGCAUAUAAAUGGACUGGAAUGAAUGUGCAGUGGAAAGGGCAGAUGCGGUAUCCAUUAGUGAUAUUUAGCUUUGUUUACAUGUCCCGUCCGCUCCACUUGUAGCUUUAGUCCAGAAUGUUUCCUGCACUCUGGGAUGAAGUAGUCUGGGGCGUGAACGCCAAACAUGAACUUGUAUGGGCAGCCAAGAACAGGGGCCCGACUCCCUUCUCUACCUUGGCCAAAUUGGUUCACCCUUCCACUUUGUUAAAACUUGAAAUAUGAUAGUUGUGGAGAGCUCUGUAUGCAGCAGGGCAGCUUACUGGUUACUAUCUGUUGGUCAGAUGUCUACAAAGGGCUAUGAUGCCUUCACAAGUUCCUUUGGGGCAGAGCCCUAAUGGAUGCUCCUAUGCUCCAUUUCUUUUUUGGUGCCAGAACUCACCACCUAUAGGCUCACUGAGCAAUAACACAGGUUCCAAAAGAGGUUUCUGCUAUGAUCUGACACUCCAUUUUCUUUUUUAGGCAACAUCUCCUAAAAGCCAGCACAGUCCAUACAGCUGAAUAAUAGCUGUGUAUUUUACAUUUUCCCACAGGUAAAUAUUAAGACACAUUUCUCAAGCUGUUGCCUUUAGGUUUUUUUACUUCCAGCUGACUCAGCAAUGUGGGCGUUCCAGGCAGCUGCUAGGUUUUGUAUGCACACAAAUCUAUGGCAGCUCUUUUUCUGCAUUCAACAAUUCUAUUCUGUUGUGAGCUAAAACUGUGAUAAUAGUCACAAAGGCAGUUUAUUAAUUGCUUGUGUGGAGAGCAUGGACAGAAAUUAAUAGUGAGAAAGGGCAUCCAUUCUGAUGUUAAUCAGGAUCAAAGGUGGAAAGUGGUGCAGUUGGGAGUCUUGAUUUAUUUAUAUUUUUUGAAUGCAGUAUUACUUAGGAACAUAAAAUGUACAUAGCACUAUAGGAAAGUGUCAGGCCUGCAGAUAAAGGAAAACAGAAGCCAUGGCAAUGCAUGUGCUCAGUUUAUUAUUCUCUGUUUUAUUCACUCCAGAUAUAAAGUGGCUAAGUGCAAUUGUCUCCAGGAGGAGAGAUCCCUGUAGUGAGACAAACUGACCUUUCUACAUGUUAGAGGUACUCAUGAUCAGGCACAUCAGCCAUAAAGUGAGUAUCUCUGGUUCAGGUCAAGUAGUCGCUUUUUCCUAUCACAAUUUGUUUUUGUUUUUCAGUUUAAAUAUUCCUUUAAAAAAACACUGAGAUUACCAUUAUGAAAUAUCUAUUCUUGUCCUGAGCCAAUAAUUUUGCUUGGUCAUGAAGAGAAAGUUCUGUGGAACUAAAUCUCAAGUAGGUUAUGAAUUGUUAGAUGGGUAGUUUUCAGUACUCCUUGCUAAACUGAAGGCAGAAAUCUUGCUGAAGCUAAGUAAAUGGUAUCUUAAAGAACUCAGUCCUGCCAUCAGCAGCUCUCAUACAUUUCUGGCUAUCUCAUACUUAACACAGAAGGAAUUUGAAAGCACCAUGGAUCAGUCAGACAUCUGUGUUGGUUCGUAUCCUCACUGGGUUAAGAUUGUAUGAUAGCACAAGGUAAGCAGUUGGGAGUGUUUUGGAAAGAUUAGCUUAUGUACAUAAGUUGCAAGGGGGCAGUGUGGGGGACUGCAUUAGCUGAGGGAUCAGGAUGACUUUUUUUUGUCCCAUGGUCCUCAUUAGCAUUGUAAUCUCUCUCUGCUUCAAGUUUUUGCUUAGGCUGCUGAAGUCUGCCCCACUGCCAUAGCCUAUUCAUAGAGAGCAGGUUUCACUACUAGCGCUUGCCCACAAGCAAGUUGCUCUGACUGAGGAAACCAUGAAAAAGCCGAAGUGUUUUGUAAGAAAUGGCUUUCUCAUUGUCAGCAGUGCUGCCAUCCCAUACUGUAUAAUCCAGAGGUUCCCAUAGUCUCACUGUGUGGAAAUGUACCGUUAAAAGCUUCAGAAAUUAUUUAUGAAUGUUACUUGUUCAUAGGCUGAAAAUGCAGCUUCUUACCAAACCUUCAAGAUUGUAAAUAUGUCUCAGAUGCAUUUGUUUUUCUGCACGUUCAAUAAAACGGCUUUGUUUAUUCUGCUUCA